AUGUCUUGGUAUAGUAAAAUUAAAAAGUUUGCUACGUUGCAAAGUUUAUUGGUACCACAUGGACAGAGACAUCGAAAAUCUCAUUCAACAUGUCCAUCAUGUCAAAAGAUAGGGAGACACAACAAACCAACACCUGUACAAAUGACCGAAUUAUCGACAUCACCAUGGUCACACAUUGCAGCCGAUUUUCUAGUAAUUACAGAUUUAUUUUCGAAGUUCCCGAUUGUUGAAGUUAUGAAAUCUACGACGUUCAAUAUUGUAUCUACUCGCCUUGAUAAUCUCUUUUCAAUUCUUGGUUAUCCCGAAAUGAUAAAAACGGAUAAUGGACCCCCUUGGGACAGUCAUGAAAUUGAUCUAUUUUUUAAAUCACGUGGUAUUGUACAUGACAGUUUAAUUCCUUAUUGGCCCAGAAGCAGCGGGCAAGCUGAGCGUUUUAUGCCAAACUUGAGUAAAUUAAUCCGUCACUCAUUCGACGCUGGUACCGACUGGAAAAAUACCUUACGAUCAAUGCUCCUGAAUUACAGAAACUGCGUUCAUCCAGCAACUAACGAAAAACCUUCAACAUAA